ACGUUUUUUUAUCGUACAAAUGGCGGGAAAGGUCACCCUAGUAAUAUGACGAAAACGCCCCUGGUCUUUUCCCGUUCCCGCCAAUUUGAAAACCCUACGUAACUACAAAAAGAGGAAAAGAGAAUCGCAUCGCAAUGGUUAUCAUGGCGGAGGAAGAAGAGAACGCAGCAUCGACCGUAUCCGAAUUUCCGAAGGGUCGGGUGAAGAAGAUAAUGACGCUGGACAAGGACGUUAAGAGAGUGAGCUCUGAAGCGUUGUUCCUGGUGUCGCGCUCCACCGAAUUAUUCCUCCAGUUUCUGGCGGAAAAAUCGGCGCAGGUCGCAAUCGAGAAGAAACGCAAGACCGUGAAUCUCGAACACAUAAGAGUGGCCGUUAAGAGACACCAACCAACCAGGGAUUUCCUCCUCGACGAUCUUCCGCCGCCUUCUCAGCCCAAUAAGCCCGAUAAGCACACUACGCCCGCGGCUCGGCCCAAAUCCGAUAAACCUCUGCCUGGUACUCGCCGCAUCGAUCAAUUCUUCCGAAAGCCAGAACCGGAAAACCCGGCCCAGGCCGAGGCCCAAGCCCAAUCACCUAUACCCGUAGAUGAGUCUUAGGUUGUGUUUGUUGGUUUGAUUGUUUAUACAUCGCAAUUGAGAUUUGUAUCUUGAAUUAAUCAAAUAUAACAAUUAACAAUGCAUUAGCUUAUUCUGUUA